AUGCUGGGACUGCACAUUGCUGCGAUCUUCAUCAUCCUCGCUGCGUCGGCUGUGGGCACGCUGAUCCCGAUUGUGGGGAAGCGCGUGCCUGCACUGCGGCUGCACGCGUACGUGUAUGCUGUGGGCAAGGCCGCUGCUACGGGCGUGGUGCUGGCUGUUGCGAUGAUCCACAUGAUCAACCACGCUGCUACUGUGCUCGCGUUGGACUGCAUCCCUGCGAGCUUCAGCAAGCUGUACGAGGGCUGGGCGUUCCUGUUCGCGAUGAUUGCCGCUAUCGUGAUGCACGCGAUUGACGGGACGAUCGUGUGGAUUGCGGAGCGGUGGACCGCGCGCGCUGGUGGCGAGUCGUCGAGCUCGGAUCCGUGCCGGGACUCGUUGUGCGCGGAGUGCCCUGCGAUGCGCGAUGGCGAGCCGGUGCCGAUGCAGACCGAAUGCGUGUUCAAGGACGCGGGCGGUGGUAUGGCGGGCGGAAAGAGCGGUGACUCUGUGGAUCAAUCCGACGGCGCAAAGUGUGUAGGGCACCAGCAUGGCGUGGCGGUGCCGGAGGACUUGCCGGUGGCGCAGCGCGCUGUUGCGGCGGUGUGCAUGGAGUUCGGUGUGACGCUGCACAGCGUGUUUGUGGGGCUCGCGCUUGCCGUGUCGAACGGGGCGGACCUGCGCGCGCUGAUUAUUGCGCUUGUGUUUCACCAGCUGUUCGAGGGCCUUGCGAUGGGCGCGCGUCUUGCAGACGCCUCGUUCAAGAUAUCACUGGAAAUUGUGCUGAUGCUAGUCUUCUCGCUCUCGGCCCCGAUCGGGAUUGCUGCCGGCACCGGCGCUGUGGUCACGUCGCGCGACGCACUGUCGGGGACAACCUACGCACUUGUGAGCGCCAUCCUGGACGCGAUUUGCGGCGGGAUCAUGCUUUACAUUGCCUUCAACCUGCUGUUCGUGGACUUCCCAGCCGACCUUCGCGUGCAUUGCGGCCCAAAGAGCAGGAACAGCGUGGCGAAGCGGAUCGGCAUGUACGCCGGGCUGUGGAUCGGCGCGGGUGUGAUGGCGCUCAUCGGGAAGUGGCUGUAG